CCCACUGCCUCCCCCCCACACACGCUGGAGGAAAAGGGAAGAAACUGGAGCGGCCGGGAGAGCCACUGGAGCUGGCUCAGCCUGGAGCCACUGGAUCCACACGAGCUCGUGGCGCUACUAGUUUCCCCGGGAGACGGCAAGAGGAGCCCACGCCACUUGAUCCAUUCAAGUGAGAGACAUUGGAGCCACUGAAUCCGUCAAAGCUGUGGCCACCAGAUCUACUGGAUUCGCUGGAUCGAGCGAAUCCAACAUCGGAGCCACGCGAGCCAUCGGAGCUGGAGCCGCCCAGGUCACUCGAUCCAGCCAAGCAGCUGGAGGAGCCACGUGAGCCACCAAGAACCUCCGCUGGUGGUGGGGCUGGAGACGCAGCGUCUACGGGAGCCACCGAAUUCAUCUGGGACACCUGAUUCACCACCAAAGCCACUCGAGCCACGGGAGCACCGAGCGGAGAUGUCGACGCAGGACGGGCUGUACGUGACGGACGCCACCGAGAUGCCGGCCGAGAUCGUGGAGCUGCACGAGAUCGAGGUGGAGACCAUCCCCGUGGAGGCCCUGGAGGGCAUGGAGGUGGAGGUUCAGCAGCUGCAGCAGCACGAGCAUCAGGAGCAGCUGGAGCAGCUGCAGCACGGAGGAGGCGGAGGGGUCAUCUCCCUGCAGCCGCUCAGCAGCAGCGGCGACGACGAUUUUGAUGAUGACGAUCAGCAGCGGCAGCAGCACCGCUACCACCACCACCACAUCAUGGCCCAUCACCUCCACCACGAGGUGAUCCUGGUGCAGACCCACGAGGAAGUUGUGGGUGAAGAGCAGCUCGAUGUUUCAGCCUUCGAUGACCACAUUCUGGUGCCAGUGCCCCUGGCUAUGACAGAGGAGCGUGAGGCUGAGGAGGAAAGUGGUAGUGACGAUGCUGAUGAUGGAGAUGAUCACGAUGAUGGUGAUGAUGGAACUCGGUACGCGGUUAGGCAGCAGCAAGAUGACGACGACGAUGAUGACGAUGAAGAGGUUAGGGCUGGACAACAGCAGCAGCAACGUCAGCAGCAGCAGCAGCGUCUUCUGCUCGGGCGAGCGGCCUUCUCCUCGGGCCCCGUGGCAGCCCGGAAAGCCGGUGGCAGGAAGACCGGAAAGAAGUCCCAGGGGACCCGGCGUGGUCAGCGCGGCGAGGCGGGGCCCGAUAGGAGCCCCCGACGUUGGGAGCAGAAGCAGGUGCAGAUCAAGACCCUGGAGGGCGAGUUUUCCGUCACCAUGUGGGCAUCAGCCGAUGGUAAAAAGUCUGACGUGGAGCCAGAAGACAUUGUGGAAGAAAUCAUCUCGGCCGGGUCACCAUUGCCCGACUACUCUGAGUACAUGACAGGGAAAAAGUUACCUCCUGGUGGCAUUCCUGGCAUCGACCUCUCUGACCCCAAGCAGCUGGCAGAGUUUGCCAGGAUGAAGCCGCGGAAGCCAAAAGAAGAUGACUUGCCCAGAACCAUUGCAUGUCCGCACAAGGGGUGCAACAAAAUGUUCAGAGACAACUCAGCCAUGCGAAAGCACCUACAUACGCACGGGCCUCGUGUGCACGUCUGUGCCGAGUGUGGGAAGGCUUUUGUGGAGAGCUCCAAGCUCAAGCGUCACCAGCUGGUCCACACUGGCGAAAAACCUUUCCAGUGCACAUUCGAAGGCUGUGGAAAACGCUUUUCUUUGGACUUCAACCUUCGGACGCACGUUCGAAUUCAUACAGGUGACCGACCCUACGUCUGUCCCUUUGAUGGUUGCAGCAAGAAGUUUGCACAGUCUACCAACCUCAAGUCCCAUAUCCUAACACAUGCCAAGGCCAAGCACAACCAAUGAACAGCGGAAAUGGCCAUUUCGCACAAAAGCAUUUUGCCAUAUUCUGCAGGGCAUUGCCUAACCUUGUGUGCCCCUUUUUUGCCUGAGCUGCAGCCAACCAAUAGCCCUAGCAAUAGGGCAUGAACAUAUUCAUAAUUAUUGACUGAAUUGUGUAUUUAAAAUAUAUACUGCCCUAGAAUAUAAUAACUUAUAGUUUACAAUCCUUUGCCACACCGUGUGGAUUUUGGGGAUUGACCGUACAGUUGGUGACGGAGUGGUGGCUCAGGACCGUUACAGAUAUCACUCGCUGCUGAUGUACGUUGAACUUCUUUCGCAUCAUACGUCGCCAACCGUGCUAAUCGGAGUUGCAAAAUAUGUCAGCCGUGGCAGGGAAUCAAACUCAAUUCGCCGGGUUCUUAGCGCAAUGCACAAACCAAUGCGCCACCACUCCACCCCAAACCUAUAAUUAAGAUUUUAAAAUAUUUGGCCUGUAACCCAACAACAUACUAUAUUUUGAAUGUGUGAUGUUUGUGAAAGGGCUUGUUUACUUGUGCUCUAUAUUGUACAGUAGAGGCCUGCAACUCUCAGACUACAAGAUUUGUGAUAGAUUUUAAGUGUUUGUCUUGACGCUGAAAUAUGCACAGCAUGUAUUCUAUGUUCAGCACGUGCACAUGUGUGAACCAGGUUUUAAAAAAUAAUUUGUUAUACACUUCGAUAUGCGUAUGUAGUGUUUAUUUGUCAUGGUUAAUAAUUGGACAAAUGCCAUUUUAAAAAAUAUAUCUCCUGUGGAGUGAUAUGUGACAACUGCACAUACUCUUGUGUCUUAAUUUUUUGCGUGUGAUCCUUGACAUUUUGUGAGCCUGAAAUCGGCAUUAAUAUGUUGGGUUCUGUCUUUGUAUCCAACAUACCAAAAUCAAGAAACUACUUUGUAAAGUAUUUAACGAAAUGUAUAUUUUUGAAUAUAGUAUUGAAUAAGAUGCAAUAGAUCGUAGCUCGGACUAAUUCUGAUCCCAGGUGGUUUUAUAGGAAAAAGUACUAAUAUUUUUCGAGGUGUGUAUGGUAUCUGUUAACUGUUGUACAGUAUUAAAACAACAGAUCUGCUUGUUGGAACUGAAACUAUUAGCCUUUCCCUAUUGUACCCGUUGCAGUAUUGGCUGUGCCACCGAUCGUAUUGCAGAUGGUAAUGUGCGGCACAUACAGGCUUCAAUAAACUUUAUAUCCCAUUCUAAGUGCGUGCAAUUAAUUUCCCAUUCAUGUUGUUACUAUAGAGUUCAGUUCUUGUACAGCAUGUUUCAAGAGGCCACUUUCAUUUUCAAAUACACUUUUUGAAGUCAAAAACAUGUAGAAUUUAUAUGAUGUAAAAUAUUGUUAAAAUAUAACGAUGUUACCACAAAGUGUGUCUUA